GUCGUGUCCUCUUUCUCGCCUUCCCUGUUUGCUCUCUGUUUCAAACCUUUAUCAAUUUAUCUCCCGAACCAUACUCUCUCACUCACAACCAUCAACUCCCACCCUCUCUCUCUCUCUGCAACCAAUUCUCUCCAAACCCUAAAUCACAAACAACAGAAAGGGAAGAUAGAAAGCAAAAUGGCAAUGCUGAAUGCGGCUGCGUCCUUCAGUCUGCGUGCACAGGCCACUCUUCAUCCUCCAACGCGCUUGCCCUACUUUCCUCAUUCCACAUUUCCUUCAAGAAUUCCUUCCACAUCCUGGCCUUGCCCGUUCACUGCAACAAGAAGAGUGCUUCUGAGUCCGUCAUACUCAACGACGAAGAAGGAAAUUUGCGAAGCAGUGGAGUCGCAGGCCCAAGAAGAAGAAAUAACGAAGGAGCACAGCAGCGAGACGCUCUUGUACUCCUUCUCUCCCUUGCUUUGCCUUCUAUUGUUGGGCACUCUACCUGGAGCUGCAACUGUGAGGUCUUUGAUCGGGCCCUUCAUUGAACUCGUUAAGAGCUGGAAUCUUCCCGAUUGGCUGGUCCACUGGGGUCAUCCGGGCAACAUGGCAGUUGUGCUCUUCGCAAUGGGUGGUUAUGGAACAUAUUUGGGUUUCCGAAUUCGAUUCUCAGAUGAUGUGGAGGAGAAGGCCAUGGCAAAAGACUUGCAUCCAAAGCUACUGGCUGGAAUGUUCUUCUUCUUUGCUCUGGGUGCAACUGGUGGAAUCACAUCUCUCCUAACCUCUGAUAGACCCAUCUUUGAGAGUCCUCAUGCUGUUACAGGUUUCAUUGGCCUUGCUCUCUUGACAAUCCAGACCAUUUUGCCUGCACUAUUUGAGGGGAAUCCUGGACUACGGAAUGUUCAUGGGAUCUUGGGUAGUGGGAUAAUGACUCUGUUUCUUAUCCAUGCUGCACUUGGACUUCAACUUGGCCUAAGUUAUUGACCUUUUUCUUUUUCUACUGUAUUUGCAAUUCUUUAAUGAAAUUCUUUUAUGUUUACUAUAAAACAGUCCUCAUAGAAGCAACGAGGAGUAAAAGAAUGAUCAGCAAUUCAUAUGAUGUAGGUUUUUGCAAUGAUUUUGUUAUGGAAUUCAUCCCUAGCAUGUGAGACAUUGUAACUCUAUGUAUCAUAAUUUGAAUCGAUGCAAAUAAAUUCAAAAUUUGCUGCAA